AGUUUUAAUAUUUAUUUGUAAAACAGCUGUUGAAAUCGAAUUUUUGACAUUGAUUAUUUUGGAGAAAAAAAAUUAUCAAAGUAAAAAAUCAAUUAAAAAAAAUGGGCGACUUUCAUCAAAUUUUAGAAUCCAUCGUGGUUAGGCUAAAACCCCAGUAAAAUUACAUCACCAGAGAUCAUCUGUGCUCAAUCACAUCUUUCCAUCUUUGUUUGGAGAUAUGCACGGAUCUGGGUUAUGGUUUCCCUGGAGGGAACUUGUUUUUCUGCUAUUGAUUCCAGGAAUACUGGGUUGGGGAAAGGAGGGUCACUAUGCUACUUGUAAGAUUGCAGAGGGUUAUCUAACUGAAGAAGCUCUAGCUGCUGUGAAACAAUUGCUUCCUGAUUCCGCUGAAGGUGAUUUUCCUUCAGUUUGUUCUUGGCCCGAUGAGAUUCGAUUUCACUAUCGAUGGAGCAGUGCUUUACACUACAUUGAUACACCUGAUUAUAGGUGUAACUAUGAAUACUGCAGAGACUGCCAUGACUCUGCUGGACGUAAAGAUAGAUGCGUUACUGGGGCAAUUUAUAACUAUACCAUGCAGCUACUGGAUUAUCAGGACUCCUCCGUAGAAUCAAAUUACAAUUUAACAGAGGCACUUAUGUUCUUGUCUCAUUUUAUUGGGGAUGUCCAUCAGCCUCUGCAUGUUGGUUUCACUGGAGAUUUAGGUGGGAACACAAUAACAGUACGAUGGUACCGUAGAAAAACAAACCUCCAUCAUGUAUGGGAUACCAUGAUUAUUGAUUCUGCUUUGAAGACAUUCUAUAAUUCAGACCUCACAAGCAUGAUACAGGCCAUUCAACAAAAUAUUACUAAUGGUGGGUUAAAUGAUGCGUCUUCUUGGGCAAUUUGUGCAAAUAAUCACACGGUUUGUCCAGAGCCGUAUGCCUCUGAAAGCAUAAGUGCAGCAUGCAAGUUUGCUUACAGAAAUGCCACACCAGGAAGCACUCUAGGAGAUGAUUACUUUCUUUCUCGGCUUCCCAUUGUGGAGAAGAGACUAGCUCAAGGUGGGGUCCGCUUGGCUGGUACCCUUAACCGAAUAUUCUCUUCACAUGAAAAAAUUGCUGAAGCAAGAAGAUAGGAGAACGGCAACCAUUUCAGGACAGUUGUAUCAUCAGAUAAGAAGUGGAUUCCCAUUGGUUAGGUUUGUUUAUAGCUAGAACUUCCCCAUACGUUAGACAUUUCAAAGUACUCAACCAAUAGCUAUUAACUUCCAUGUCGUCAACUCUUUGAAGAAAAGAGAAAUAAAGAAAGAACCACAUUUUCUAUUAUUUAUUUGUAAUUAAUUGUCCAUGCUUGACUUCUAACCCAAUUAAUAAAAUUGAUGAUGCUUCUACUUA